AUGCCUAGCCACGAAGCUAUACAUGCGUCUGAUCUGGCAUUGCUUGACUUCUUGACCUCUACUACACCUCCGCCUCCACCGAAGAAAGGUCUCAAGAGGAGGGACGCUGAUCUUGACCCCCUCCUUCUCGGGGCUGCGGCUGGGUAUCGCAAUGUCACCCGAAAUCACUACUGCCAUGAUUUUUUCCCCGCUGUCAUGGACCCGGAGUUGGUAGGAUCUUGGGACUGGUCGAAAUGGACUGGAGAGCAUACGAACAAGGAGAGGGUCCGGUUAACAUAUGUUAGCCGGCAGGCCCCUCGAAGCUAUAAGGUCAAGAGUGUGAUGCCGGCAGAGGAUGUUAAAGUUGGCCGCGGUGAGCCACAACCCUCACUCGCGGCCGUUCCACCCGUACCGAGCACCCGUGUCAUACCACCUCCGGAAUGGUCGGGCGACCAUCUGCAAGUCCGAUGCAUGGCUCGCACACGCAUCCCUACUCCUCACGGACCGGCAUUCCUACAUCUAUACCACAACAACCGGGAUACUAAAGAACAUAUGGCCAUCGUCAUAGACCCAGCGCAGUUAUCGGACGAGCGGCGUCUCGCCCCUGCCAUCAGGAGCAGCUCUCUGGACGCCCCCUGGUGUGAUUCCGAGACGGAGAUGGACCGCAUAGUACGGGGCGCUUACAUCGGACGGUUAAGUCAAACAUCAAGCAAAGCCUCUCCUCCGGACGCUGCGGCGCCAUGUAUCACGACGGACACAAUCCCGUCCCCAUUGGUCCGUAUCCACUCGGAAUGUUUCACCGGCGAAACCGUAGGGAGCAUGCGGUGCGACUGUGGCGAGCAGCUGGACGAGGCCAUCCGGCUCAUUUCCCAGCCCAUCACCAUCCCCCCGCCCACCCCCGCGGUCGCGCCAACAGUCAUACCCGGCCGUGGUGUGGUCGUUUAUAUGCGACAGGAGGGCCGGGGCAUCGGACUACUGUCAAAAAUCCGUGCAUACAACCUGCAAGAUCUCGGUCACGAUACGGUGACGGCGAACUUGAUGCUCGGACACGGCGCCGAUGAGCGAGGAUACGAGAUCGCGUGCGCCAUCCUUCGCGACUUGGGACUGGGGCAGGAGCUGGGGGAGGGUGUGCGCUUGUUGACCAACAACCCCGACAAGGUGCACGCGUUGGAGAAGGAGGGGCUAAAAGUCGUCGAGCGCGUGCCGAUGGUCCCUCGUAGCUGGCAGGCUAGGGCGACACAUGCUGACCCCGCGAUUGCGCAUGACGGUGACCACAUGCAUCCCAAGCUGGCGGGUGCCACGCUUAUAGGCGGAGGAGCUACGCAUGGGAAUGACCUGGACAAAUAUCUACGGACCAAGGUUUUGCGGAUGGGACACAUGUUAUCACUCGUAGGCCUUGAAGACCAACCAUAA